UGGAAUUCUUUUUACAAGGUGCGAUGCAGUCAAGCCGGCAUUCUGGAUAUUGCCGGUUCCACGCGCAAAUGAACGCGGGGUUAGUACAACUCCUGAGCACUAAGCGAUUCCCCCAGGUCAAUAACCUAGCUUCUCCUGAGUCAUGAUCAAGGUUCUUGCUUUACAAGGUGCGAUGACAACUGUAAAGCCGGAAUUAUUGCACUGUUGAAAUGAAGGAGCGGCAGGAUUUCAGGCACAGCAAGCGCCUCGGAUCAUGAAGAUGAAGAUGCGAGUUCGAGCAUCAGUGGACGUCCCUACAAGCCAGCCUCUAGUGUAUAUCAACAAUGAUCUUGGACAGUUCGGCGCUCCACUGGAGAAGCAAGACAUAUAUGAUGCUACCUUUUACAGGACUGGCUUCUUUGAAUCAGACCGCGGUCUGUACAAUCUGGGUUUUGCGAAUUCUACACCGGGUCGGUACACGCUUGCUUUGGUACUGAAUGCGGAUUUAGGGAGUCCUCCGAAUAAGUAUUCAGGGCCUUCGUAUACGAGUAGAUUGAUCUGGGAAGCCAACCGAGAGGAUCCAGUUGGGUUCAAUGCCAGUCUCACCCUUGGAGCUGAUGGGAAUCUUGUGCUCCGAGACGCAGAUGGAAGAUUUGUGUGGUCAACUGAUACUGCCAACAAAGGGGCUACCCAUGCUGAAAUUCUGAAGACAGGUAAUUUUGUAGUCAGAUCCAACAACACCAUCUUGUGGCAAAGUUUUGAUCAUCCAAGUGACACCCUCAUGGUGAGCCAGAUUUUCGAACCAGGAAUGAAGCUGCAGAGUCGAACAACCCUGAGUAAUUCAUCUUUGGGAGUUUACUCGCUGGUCAUGGAACCUGGUGGACUGGUCCUGUAUUCCAACUUUUCAGGCUCUCAAGAACCAUACUGGGUCAAGAGCUACUACGGACAGGAUACACUCAGUGGUGCACUUCGUACCUGUGAUUCACUGGUUGCUGCAGUUCUUGAGGGAGACGGACCUCGACUGUUUCUCGACCUUAAGACCAACGGUUCUGCGGCUGCCAACCUGAAGUCCCAGACUUUGUGCAGCUUAAAUGCAACAGAGCCUUUGCAGUUGAAGAAUUCCAACACUUGGCAGAAUCAAUCCUUGAUACGACUUGAACCUGACGGAAAUCUGCGGGCUUACACGCUAGGGUCCAUGUAUCUGUGGGAGGAUCCUUACCAGCUGUUCGAUGACGUCGACUCCUGCUGGCUACCUCAGAAGUGCCAGCCUUUUGGGAUUUGUUCCAACGGGGCUUGUGUAGGAUGUUUAAACCCAGACAGGACAGAAGCAGCUUGGAGCAACACAUGCACUGCUCCUCGGGUUGACAAUUGCACAGAUGUUCAGUCUCUAGAUUUUCUUCCGGUCCCAGGUGCAGAGUAUUUUUCCAGCAGAUACUUGAAUUCUUCAGUCACAAGUUUUGAGGAUUGCAGGAGCGGGUGCUUGCAGAAUUGCUCCUGUUCAGCUUUCUUCUAUUGGAACGAGUCUAGCUCGUGCUUCAUGACCAAUAAUGUCAACACUCUCCAGACAGUUUCCAAUCAAAGUCAUGUUGCAUACAUCAAGGCAACAAAAGUUGAACAAGGCAGUGGUACUCCUCAGCCGGGUGUCACCGGUCUCUCAGCUGGUGCUAUUGCUGGAACAGUGGUUGGCGGCUUGUUCCUGAUGCUGGUAUGUAUUUUAGCGGUGAUAUUCUUCAUCAAGAAGAGGAGACAGAUUCAGGCUGUUGAAUAUGACAGUGACACCUUUCUUGAAUCCAUAGAGAACUUGAGGCCGAUACGAUUCACCCUUUCGGAUCUGGAACGCAUCACAGAUAACUUCUCGAAAGUCCUAGGUACCGGUGGUUUUGGUGGUGUGUACGAAGGUGUACUCCCAGAUGGUAGGAAAGUUGCUGUGAAGAAACUGGAAAGUACAGGACAGGGGAAGAAGGAAUUCUAUGCGGAAGUUGCCGUUCUAGGGACAAUUCAUCACUGGAAUCUGGUAAAACUGCUUGGUUUCUGCUCAGAGGGUCUAAACAGGCUUCUGGUUUAUGAACACAUGGAGAAUGGUUCCCUGGACAAGUGGAUCUACCAGGAUUUCCUCGAAGAGAGGGUGCUGAACUGGGAACAGAGGAUGGAAAUUAUGCUGGGGAUGGCCAGGGGUCUGGCAUAUUUGCAUGAGGAAUGCGUAGAGAAGAUUAUCCACCUCGACAUAAAGCCUCAGAAUAUCUUGCUGAACGAGGACUUGGUCGCGAAAGUGGCGGACUUCGGUCUCUCCAGGCUCAUGUCUCGCGAUCAGAGUUACGUUAUGACAACAAUGAGAGGUACUCCAGGCUACCUUGCACCAGAGUGGCUACUGGAGGCUGCUAUAACAGAGAAGAGCGACGUUUACAGCUUUGGAGUCGUGCUGCUGGAGGUGAUUAGCGGGCGGAGGAACUUCUCUCGACUUUCUGAGGGAGAAAAGUUUUACCUCCCGGCUUACGCAUUGGAGCUGGUGACACAAGAGAAGGAAAUGGAGCUGGUCGAUACGCGGUUGAAAGGCAAGUGUGAUGAAGCAAUCGUGCGGGCAGUUAUCAGGAUUGCGUUCCAGUGUCUGCAAGAGAACGGGAACUCAAGGCCAUCGAUGGGGAAGGUUGUGCAGAUGCUGGAAGGUUCCAGCCCAGUGGAGGACAUUCCCCUGGAUGGCCUUCCCUUCUCAACCAGGAACGAAGCUCGCAUCCUGCAUGUUGAUUUUCUCGGGACAGGCUCUACAAGUGCAUCUUACUGCCCACAGUCGGGCUCAAGCUUGAGCGCUCGAUGAGCAUCGGGCGUUAUAAUUACA